GCCCGGGGGCCGCCGGCCGCCGCUGCGCUCCGCGCUGCUUCGGCUGCUGUUGCUGCCGCUCUUGCAGCCUCCGCCGCCGAUCGCCCUGCCUCCGCCGUCGCCGCGCCUCCUCCCUCACUCGCCGGCGCGCUCCACUCCUCGCUAGAUAGUGCGCGAGCCGCCGGAGAAUUAGACACACUCCGGACUCGGCCAAAAGCAACCGAGAGGAGGUGUAGAGUGGUGCUAGGGGGUGGGAGGGGAGGGAGGGAGGGAGAGCAAAGAGGAGGAGGGGAGGCAAAAAAGAGAGAAACAACACCCAACAACUAGGUGGGGGGGAGAAAGAAAAGAAACCCACCCACCCACCAAAUUAAAAAGAAUAAAAAAAAGAAGAAGAGGAAAGGGGGGAAAAAAGAAGAAGGGAAAAAAAAAAAAAUCCUGUGGCGCGCCGCCUGGUUCCUGGGAAGACUCGCCAGCACCAGGGGGUGGGGGAGUGCGAGCUGAAAGCUGCUGGAGAGUGAGCAGCCCUAGCAGGGAUGGACAUGAUGCUGUUGGUGCAGGGUGCUUGUUGCUCGAACCAGUGGCUGGCGGCGGUGCUCCUCAGCCUGUGCUGCCUGCUACCCUCCUGCCUCCCGGCUGGAACAAGUGUGGACUUCCCCUGGGCGGCUGUGGACAACAUGAUGGUCAGAAAAGGGGACACGGCGGUGCUUAGGUGUUAUUUGGAAGAUGGAGCUUCAAAGGGUGCCUGGCUCAAUCGGUCAAGUAUUAUUUUUGCGGGAGGUGAUAAGUGGUCAGUGGAUCCUCGAGUUUCAAUUUCAACAUUGAAUAAAAGGGACUACAGCCUCCAGAUACAGAAUGUAGACGUGACAGAUGAUGGCCCGUACACGUGUUCUGUUCAGACUCAACAUACACCAAGAACAAUGCAGGUGCAUCUAACUGUGCAAGUUCCUCCGAAGAUUUAUGACAUCUCAAGCGAUAUGACCAUCAAUGAAGGAACCAAUGUCACCCUUACUUGUCUGGCCACUGGGAAACCAGAGCCUUCCAUUUCUUGGCGGCACAUCUCUCCAUCAGCGAAACCAUUUGAAAACGGACAAUAUUUGGACAUCUAUGGAAUUACAAGGGACCAGGCUGGAGAAUAUGAAUGCAGUGCAGAAAAUGAUGUGUCAUUCCCAGAUGUGAAAAAAGUGAAAAUUGUCGUAAACUUUGCUCCUACAAUUCAGGAAAUUAAAUCUGGCACCGUGGCCCCCGGACGCAGUGGAUUGAUAAGAUGCGAAGGUGCAGGUGUGCCGCCUCCGGCCUUUGAAUGGUACAAAGGGGAGAAGAAGCUCUUCAAUGGCCAACAAGGAAUUAUCAUUCAAAAUUUCAGCACAAGAUCCAUUCUUACUGUCACCAAUGUAACACAGGAGCACUUCGGCAACUACACUUGUGUGGCUGUCAACAAGCUGGGCACGACCAACGCGAGCCUGCCUCUCAACCCUCCAAGUACAGCCCAGUAUGGAAUUACCGGGAGCGCUGACGUUCUUUUCUCCUGCUGGCACCUUGUGUUGACACUGUCCUCUUUCACCAGCUUAUUCCACCUGAAGAAUGCCAUUCUACAAUAAAUAUAAAGACCCAUAAAAGGCUUUUAAGGAUUCUCUGAAAGUGCUGAUGGCUGGAUCCAAUCUGGUACAGUUUGUUAAAAGCAGCGUGGGAUAUAAUCAGCAGUGCUUACACGGGGAUGAUCGCCUUCUGUAGAAUUGCUCAUUAUGUAAAUACUUUAAUUCUACUCUUUUUUUGAUUAGCUACAUUACCUUGUGAAGCAGUACACAUUGUCCUUUUUUUAAGACGUGAAAGCUCUGAAAUUACUUUUAGAGGAUAUUAAUUGUGAUUUCAUGUUUGUAAUCUACAACUUUUCAAAAGCAUUCAGUCAUGGUCUGCUAGGUUGCAGGCUGUAGUUUACAAAAAAACGAAUAUUGCAGUGAAUAUGUGAUUCUUUAAGGCUGCAAUACAAGCAUUCAUUUCCCUGUUUCAAUAAGAGUCAACCCACAUUUACAAAGAUGCGUUUUUUUUUUCUUUUUUUGAUAAAAAAGCAAAUAAUAUUGCCUUCAGAUCAUUUCUUCAAAAUAUAACAUAUCUAGAUUUUUCUGCUCGCAUGAUAUUCAGGUUUCAGGAAUGAUCCUUGUAAUAUAAAUGGCUGUGCAGCUCUGCUUCUCUUUCCUGUAAGUUCAGCAUGGGUGUGCCUUCAUAAAAUAAUUUUCUCUUCGUCUCCAACUAAUAAAAUGUUUUUGCCAAAUUCUACAGCUUGAAAGCAAAAAUAAACCACACCAUGAUAAAGUUAAUACUAACUAUAUCCUGUCUCUAAAGAACAAAGGAGCUAUCAAACUGUAAAAAUCUCUUCCUUCAUUACCAAUAGGUUUUGAGAAUUUUGCCCCACGAUAGCUCAGCUUUGUGAUGAAAACAAUUUAACAAAUACAGUACAGGUAAAUUCACCGUAUGAUUUCUUUAGUUGUAGCUAAAUGUUAGAUCCACUUUGGGAAAUAAUUCUCUUUAAAAUGAUAGCACAGUCCAUCCAAAAUUGUCUGGCAAUACAGCAUCUUUUCCUUUCACUAUUAUAGGCUAAAAUUUUUAAGGUGGUUUGUCAGAAAGGACACAAAGUCCAAUUACCUAACAUUAAAUGAGAUGGUAAGCAUUCAAAAUUAAUUUGGUUCUGUGGCAAAUAAGUUGGUAUGCUAGAUAUAGUGUUCCUGUGGACAGGAGCAUUUUGCAUAUUUUCCAGCUGAAAACAUUACUCAGUUGAUAGUUUGGCAUACAUGUUGUACAAAAAUGCUCCAAAAUAUAUUAUAACAAAUAUUCGAUCCUAGUAUGCAGCAGAUCAAUCCCUGAAAUAACUAAUUCUGUGGUUAAAUCUUUCUCUAUAGCCAUAUCUGCUUAAACAAGCAAAGCUAAAAUGAAAAAAAAAUUAUCAUGCUUUAUUUUUUACAUGAUAUAUGUAAGAUGUGUUCAAAUGAAGACAAGCCAUCAAUGAUGAAGAAUAUCUUAAAUUAAUUGCUAAAUUAUCAUGGAUAUUAAAUUAUUUCUAUCACAAAGAAUGAAAACUACAUUUUUGAAGGAAAAUGCUGUUAUUCUACAAGUAUUAUAUUACAAGAAUAGUUUGAUGGUUUUACUCUUCACUAAAGACAGACCAUAGCCUUGAAAGCCAUUUGCAAGUUCGAUAAAGUUACCAAUUUUAGUAUCCCUAGAGAAAUUUUUGCAAAUAGUUCCCUUUUGCAAGUUAUAACAACACCUGCUAAUAUAGUUAGAAAGAAGAUAUUUCACAGAGGUUGUAUACAUUUAAGAUAGCUAAUGUAGAUAAGUAAAAUGUAAGUAAAAUUUUGUCCCAAAGUACACCAUAAAUCUAUUUUAAUUAGAAAUGUGAAUCCUAAAUGAGGAGGCAUAUAUAUACAACAAAAUGACAAUUAUAUGGCCUAAUGCUAUUAAAUUUACUGUAAUAAUUUAUUAUGUUAUUUUGACUAAUACACUAAGAAAGGUUUUUACAAAAACCACAUAUGACAUUUUAACUUUGAUUAUUAUUGAUUUGCUUUUCAAAAUCUUUUUGUGGAACUGGUGAGUAAACUACAAAAUAUUUUUUGUGUGUAUUGCAGCUUUAAAGUGGCACACUCCAUAAUAAUCUACUUACUAGAAAUAGUGGUGCUACCACAGAAGUGUUAACCAUCAGUACCAUUGUUUGGGAGAAAGAAACAGAUCAAGAAUGCAUAUUAUACAGUGAUCGCUUUCCUAGAGUAAAAAUACCUCCUCUUUGUAAGGUUUGUAGGGUAAAUGUGAGGUAAAUUGAGGUAUAAACUAUGGAUGAACCAAAUAAUUAGUUCAAAGUGUUGUCAUGAUUCCGAAUUUGUGGAGUCUGGUGUUUUUCCCAUAGAAUGUGACAGAAGUACAGUCAUAGCUCUGUAGCUAUAUGUAUUUGCCUUUAUGUUAGAAGAGACUUUCUUGAGUGACAUUUUUAAAUAGAGGAGGUAUUCACUAUGUUUUUCUGUAUCAAGCAGCAUUCCUAGUUGUUAGGCCCCUGGACAGAGUGAAAUCAUGAGUAUUUAUGAGUUCAAUAUUGUUCAAAUAAGGCUACAGUAUUUGCUUUUUUGUGUGAAUGUAUUGCAUAUAAUGUUCAAGUAGAUGAUUUUACAUUUAUGGACAUUUGAAAUGUCUGAUUACUCCAUUUUAUCAGUCCUGAUUGUACAAGAUUGUUGCAAUUUCAAAAUAGCAGUUUUAUGAAACUGAUUUAUCUUUUGAUCUGUAAGAAUUUUUCUAGCUAUUCAUUUCAGCAUUAUAUUUCUACAGGUUCGAUUUGUGGGACUCUUUUUGUUGCCCCUGAAUUUUUUUCAAAGAAAGAAAAAAGAAAAAGAGCAGUUGAGAAAGUAGAGUAGAAAGAAAGAAAAAAGACUGAAAGGGGAAAAAAGUAAAGGGAAAAGAAAAAAAGCAAGAAAGGAAAAGAAGGAAGGAGGGAAGAAGAAAGGAGAGGAUGGGAGGGAGGGAAGAGCCAGAAUAUUAGGGUAGUCGACUUAAUUCACUUGCAUUCUUUUAACUGCAACUGGUGUAAUUAUGUUUUAUUUACAAUGAUCCCAUUUGAAACAUAAGUCCUGUUACACCAUUGAGUUACUAUUAUGCAGCAAUUAUAUAAUGAAAAGUACUGCCCAAACUACAGUAUUGUGUUAUGGCGGGGACACACAAGAUUUGAGAGAGAGAGAGAAUAUCAAACUUAAAGCCACUGUUGGGGAGUUCAAACUUAGCUGAAAAAUUAAUGCUUCAUCAUAACAUUUAAGCUAUAUCUAGAAAGUAGACUGGAGAACUGAGAAAAUUACCAGAUAAUUCAGGACAAGAUAUAUAUAAAUACCCCAGUGUGUGAACUCAGAAAACUCUGAGAAAUUUAUCAAAGCCAAUUAUCUAUAUUGAUUAAAUUUACUGAAUAACUGUUAAUUUAUCCAUUGUGCUUAGCUUUGUGACACAGCCGAAAGUUAUCUAUUUAAUCUUUUCAAUAAAAAUUGUUUUUUGAAAUUCAGAAAUGAUUUAAAAAGAGGUCAGGUUUUUAACUAUUUAUUGAAGUAUGUGGAUGUACAGUAUUUCAAUAGAUAUGAAUAUGAAUAAAUGGUAUGCCUUAAGAUCCUUUGAAUAUGUAUUUACUUUAAAGACUGGAACAAGCUCUUCCUGUCUUUUAGUAAAACAUCCAUAUUUCAUAAUCUGAUGUAAAAUAUGUUGUACUGUUUCCAAUAGGUGAAUAUAAAGUCAGUUUAUCAAUUAAAAUAUGUACUUGACUCA